ACUGCUCGCUUCUUCGGGGGUGCGGUGUCCCUGUGCCCUGCUCUGCUGGCGCAGGCUUGUCGCCGCUGCCGCUGCUUGAGGUGCAGCGGUAGCUGUUGCGGCCUGGCCUUGUUUUCGUUCUAUUUUCACUGAGGAUGAGCCCUUGUGGUGCCCAGCGCGCGUCCUGCCCUGUCCGUCCGAGCCCAUUCAUCUAGCGACUGGUCUCCCUUGCAAUUAUGGAGUUUUAGAAGAAUAAAGGAGUGUGGAGGGGGAAUCCCCCUCUCCACACGUAAGGUAGUCAGUUCACUUCAGAAUUUUCUAUGGACAACAAUAUUUGUUAUAUAUGAUGGUGAAAUAAGACUACUUAAAAUAUAUAUAUUUUUAAGUAUUUAUUUGGAUCAAGUGCCAAACAUAACAUUACAAAGAUUUCUGAUGGCAGCUCAAUAAAACUGGAUUUGCAUCUUUGGAAUUACAAAUCUGUGAAGGCACUGUGUUGUAUACUGAGUUGAGUGCCUUGAUAUUCUUAAUGGUUGUUCCCCUUAAGGAGAGGAGCAGCUUCCGAAGUGAAGAUGAAUUCUCUCAUGCCAGACUGCACUUCUAAGUGUCGAUCUCUACAGCACGCUUUGGAUGUUAUUUCUGUAGUAACCAGAGGAAGUGAAGGCCAGAUCAAAGCCUUUCUUUCUUCUUACUGCUACAAUGCUGCAACUAUAAAGGAUGCCUUUGGUAGAAAUGUUCUACAUCUUGCUUCAUCCUGUGGCAAAAAAGGUGUGCUGGACUGGUUGGUUGAGACCAAAGGAGUGGAUCUGUUGGCAAAAGAUAAAGAGUCUGGAUGGACAGCUUUGCACAGAAGUAUAUUUUAUGGAUACAUUGAUUGUGUUUUGUCACUACUUAAGCAUGGUGUUAGUCUGUACAUUCAAGAUAAAGAAGGCUUAUCAGCCUUGGAUCUUGUGAUGAAAGACAGACCAGUCCAUGUGGUGUUCAAGAAAACUGAUCUCACGGAAGUCUACACGUGGGGAAACAAUAUAAAUUUUACGUUGGGUCAUGGAGGUCAACAGAGUAAACAUCAUCCUGAAUUGGUGGACCUCUUUCCUCGUAACAGCGUGUAUAUCAAACAGGUGGUACUCUGCAAAUUCCACUCGGUGUUCCUUUCCCACAAAGGUCAAAUUUAUACAUGUGGACAUGGACAAGGAGGGCGCCUAGGACAUGGUGAUGAGCAAACAUGCCUGGUUCCAAGACUUGUGGAAGGCUUAAGUAGCCACCAGUGCUCCCAGAUAGCAGCAGCUAAAGAUCAUACAGUUGUUUUAACAGAGGAUGGAUGUGUUUACACGUUUGGUCUAAAUACUUUCCACCAGUUAGGUAUUCUUCCUCCUCCCGCUAAUUGCAGUGUUCCUAGACAGGUUCAGGCAAAAAACCUGAAAGGUAGAAUGGUGGUUGGAGUGGCUGCAGGCAGAUUCCAUACAGUGCUAUGGACUAAGGAAGCAGUGUAUACCAUGGGGCUGAAUGGAGGCCAACUAGGUUAUCUGCUGGAUCCUAAUGGAGAAAAGUGUGUAACUGCGCCUCGACAAGUUUCUGCUCUACACCAUAAGGAUAUUUCUGUGUCACUGGUGUCUGCAAGUGAUGGUGCUACAGUGUGUGUUACUGAAAGAGGGGAUAUCUAUUUACUUGCAGACUAUCAGUGCAAAAAGAUUGCUUCAAAACAACUGAACCUUAAAAAAGUUUUAGUUAAUGGGGGCUAUUUGGAAUACAAGGUAGACACCCAGAAUCUUAAAGAAAAUGGGGGUCAGAAGAUCUGCAUUUUAGCACUGGAUGAAGCUGGAAGAAUUUUUUGCUGGAAGUCAUCUAAUAAUUCCAUGAAGCAAUGUCGUUGGGUGUAUGGCCGACAAGUCUUCAUGUCUGAUGUUGCUCUGAAUAGAAACGAAAUGAUGUUUGUCACACAAGAUGGUGAAGCCUUUACUGGCAAGUGGCUAGAAGAAGGAAGAAAAAUGCUAGAGAAGAGAGCAGAGCUAGUAUCAAGCCUUCCAAAUGCUUCCACUGAAAUGUCUUGUUCCUAUGAUACAAACAAUGUGUAUGAAAGAAUUCGACUUCAGAAACUUGCUUUUGUCCACCGAGCUGUUAGUAUUUCCACAGAUCCUAAUGGAUGCAAUUUUGCUGUUUUACAAUCAGACCCUAAAACAAGUCUCUAUGAAAUUCCGAGUGUGUCACUAUCAAGUUUUGGAGAGGAUUUUGGCAAGCUCUUAGAUGAAACAGAUGAAAUGGACAGCAUCCAUGAUGUGACUCUUCAGAUUGGCACCAGAACUUACGCUGUGCACAAAUACAUCUUGGCUGUACGCUCUGACUUCUUCAAGAAGCUGUUUGUUUCCAGUGAUAGUCAGCUAGAAACUCCAGAUGUCUACCGUAAAGAUGAAGAUGCUGUUGGAUGUGAUCUGUAUGUAAUAGAGAAGGUUCAUCCAGAUCUGUUUGCCUACCUUCUGCAGUUCAUAUACACUGAUACUUGUGAUCUUCUGACUCACGGUUACAAACCGAAAAUCAUACAUAAAGAAAAAUCAGAAGAGUAUCAAGAUACUUUAAUUUCUAACCUGAACAAAAUGAGUUUUGAUGAAGAUGUUAAUAGGAAGUCUGCAUUUGAAAUUUACAGAAAUAAUCAAGUGCAAGUUUUAAAUGAAAAACAGAAGAACAAAUCUAAAAAAGGCAAAAUUGUAGGUGAAGAAGCUAAUCUCAUAAAAACAUUACAGAGUGCUGCAAAAAAAUUUGGACUCAGCAAUUUAAGUGGAAGAUUGGAUGGAGUCAGGUUAGAAAAUGGAAAAAUUAAUGUUGUCAACAGGAAGAAUGGGAACAAACUGAAGUUUAAUCAGAAAAAAUGUUCAUACCUCUGCGAUGUGACGUUGAAGUCUUCAGAUGGAAAGGAAUUCCCUUGUCAUAAGUGUGUACUUUGUGCAAGACUUGAUUAUUUUCACAGCAUGUUAAGCAGCUCGUGGAUUGAGGCUUCCUCUUGUUCUGCUCUGGAAAUGCCAAUACAUUCUGACAUAUUGCAGAUAAUAGUAGAUUACCUGUAUACAGAUGAAGCACUUGCAAUAAAAGAUUCUCAAAAUGUGGAAUUCAUAUGCAAUGUUCUUGUGGUAGCAGACCAACUUCUUAUAUCCAGGCUCAAAGAGAUUUGUGAAGUAGCCAUUGCAGAAAAACUUACUUUAAAGAAUGCUGCUGAGUUGCUGGAGUUCUCAGCAAUGUAUAAUGCUGAACAGUUAAAACUGUCUUGCCUGCAGUUCAUAGGACUCAAUAUGGCAGCUUUGCUUGAAACAAGGACUCUGGAUGUCUUAAGCGAUGAAGUUGUGAAGGAUCUUUCUGUUUAUUACAGGAAAAUGAUUCCUGCUAUGGUCAGGAGGGUAAUUACGCCAUAUCCAGAUGGACCUGACUUAAGUUGUUUUGAGCCUGAAGAGGGAGAGAACUUUGUUUUUAUAAGGGAAGAAAUGAAUACAGAACAGAAUUCUCAGGAAGCUCUUUUCAAAAGGGCAAAAACUAAAGCAAAAAAGAAGCCACGGAAACGCUCUGACAGCUCUGGUGGAUAUAAUCUCUCCGACAUUAUUCAGAGUCCAGCCUCUACAGGCUCCAUAAAACUGGAUAAAACCAACUCAGUAGAAUCACUUCCAGAACUCCUAACAUCUGACUCAGAAGGUAGUUACGCAGGAGUGAGUAGCCCUAGAGACUUGCAGUCCCCUGACUUCACAAAAGUUUUUCAUCCAGAGAGGACUGAGAUGAAAGAUAAAGCAUGCAGUCUGGUUAUGAAAGCCUCUCAGCAGAACAAGGAGAUGAAGUCAAACAAGGGAUUGUCAGCACUGACACAGUCUGUUCCACAGUCCAUUCCCAGUACCAAAAACAGCUCUGCAACCUCUCCCAAUUGGGUAGCAAGCAGCUUCAGCCCUGCCAGCCCUCCUGCUAUGGAUCUAAGAACUAUCAUGGAAAUAGAAGAAAAUAUGCAGAAAUGUGGAACUAUGCCAAAGACAAAUUCAAGCAGAAUGGCUUCUCAUGGAAUUAAGCUUUCUCAGAAGCAAAGGAAACUGAUUGCACUGGCAGCAAAGGAUAGUGGGUCAGUAACUACCAGCACAGAGCCUACUCCACUAAUAACCAUACCACCCACACCUACAAAAGUUGUGAAGCUAGGAAAUGCAUGGUCAUCUUCAUUGCAUUCUGCUUUGCCGAAAUCAUUCCGUGAUCUUGUAAUGGAGGAAGAAAAAUACAUGAGUGCAAAUAAUUUGCCUGGUACUCCUACCAAGAGAGCUGGAUGUAAAGGAGCUGAGGAUUCACCAGUCCAAAGCACUACAAGAUGUGUGGCUCGAAGUAGCCCAGGUCCAGAAAGCCACGUUUUGGAUUCUCCUCAGCUGGAGAGCCAUAAUCCUUGGUUGGCAACACCACCAACUAACUCUCCUGUCAUGGCACCUGUCAUGUUUGCAUCUAUUGUAGAGGAAGAGCGCCAGCAAGAAGCUGCUCUUAUUAGGAGCAGAGAAAAACCCUUGGCUUUGAUCCAGAUUGAGGAGUGUGCUAUUCAAGAUUUGUUAAUCCACUAUGAAGCUUUUGACAACCCUGAAGAAUUUGUGACUGUUGAAAGGGCUCCACAGGGACCUAUGGCCACACCUAUGUGGAACAAGCACUAAUUCGUACUGUUAACAGCACAUAUUAUACAUGCACUUCUGAAAUCCUCAUUACAAUCAGAAUGAGACUGGUAAAACAUAAAUCAUGUAACUUUUAACAUCAGCAUUAAAAAUUGCACAUAAUCAGUAGGUAUUUGGUAGAGAUAAUGGAAGUAAUUUGUUCACUGUGUCUUUCACCCACAACAUGUUUUGUAUGUAUGGUUUGAGAGAAUUUCUUCAACAAGUCCUGUUUAAUUAGUAGUGUCACAUGAAGCUGUAGAUUGGAAAUGCGUUUGCUAAUUUAAAUAGUGAAGGUAUUUUGUUGAACUUACAGGUGGCUGAAAAGCGAGUGCUUAUUUUGUGAUUUAAUGUGGAAUUGAUUGUGCAGAAUUAUACAUCUUUAAAGUUUAUUUGGGGGGUUACGUUCUUCAGAGCUUUCUGGCAAAUUGGGAGUAUAGCAAAAAGUUCGUGCUUGAACUUGAUGUAAAAGUACAGUUUGAUAAUGCAGUUUUCCUUAACUAGUGUAAGUAUGUGCUGGUUUUCUGACUGCUGUGACCAGUACGUCUUACUGUCAUGCUCCACAAUGAACCUCUGUGCUGUACCUAAGUGCCCAACCAUUGCCUGCUAUCAGUUUGGUUAUGCAUGUUCUUUUCACUGUUGUGAGACUGGCCUUUGAGCAGUCAGUUCCAUUGUGAAGUGAAGUACACAGUUGAAUACAACAUGGUGGCACUUAAUUAGCUCAUCUGUAGUCUUAUUCUGGUAAAUAUGGUACAGUUUUAGAAUCACUGUGUUUAAGGUACGAUUCACUUGAAGUGGUGAGGAAAUGCAAGAUCUGUACAUUCGUUGUUAAAGCUAGAGCUACAAGGAUGAAUGCUUGAUUUUGUGGAAUUUGUAAAUGCCUAACCUUGCAAAGAUCAUAGGUGGCUUUCAGUAUUGUGUUUUCUGAAGUUCUCUGUGCCUGGUUUAAAAAAUUUGUAUAUGUAUGUAAAAGAAAAGAAAAAAGGAUAGCCUUAUCUACAAUAUUCUGUUUAGUUUGUCUGUUUGCAUAGGUGUGUUUGAACUUCUACUUUUUCAAUAGUGUCAAUACUCACAAACUCUGGAAAACUGGAAUUGAGAGAGCUGCAGAUGAUGAAUGUAGAGAAUUGAUCACUGUGUGAUAAGAGUUGAGUCUUGGAAAAACGCUGUGUAGAUAUGUCUAAUGGUUUCAGGUUAAGCUACACCAAAAAAUCCUCCACAAAAGUUGUAAACAAAUGCAAUAAACCAUAAAACCUUGAUUUACCCAAAGUUAGUAUACUUUUACAUACUGUUUAUAUACAAUGAAUACUUUAGGUAAGUAUAGAGUAAUACGAAAGUACUUGUGCUAUGUAUGAAAAAACUGUAGCCAUUUUGGAGCUACACAGAAAAAAGAUGAUGUGGAUUUUAAUUAUAUUUUAAAUUCUACUGGUGAUUCUUUCAAUAUACUGAUAAUUUCAUUAAGUGAAACUAUCUUUGGAGAAGGCUCCAAGGAGACCUCAUUGUGGCCUUCCAGUAUUUGAAAGGAAUGUAUAAACAGGAGGAGGAAUGACUGUUUACGAAGAUGGAUAGUGAUAGGACAAGGGGGAGUGGUUUUAAACUGAGACAGGGGAGGUUUAGGUUAGAUAUUAGGAGGCAGUUUUUCACACAGAGGGUGGUGAUGCACUGGAACAGGUUGCCCAAGGAGGUUGUGGAUGCCCCAUCCCUGGAGGCAUUCAAGGCCAGGCUGGAUGUGGCUCUGGGCAGCCUGGUUUGCUGGUUGGCGACCCUGCACAUAGCAGGGGGUUUGAAACUUGAUCAUCAUUGUGGUCCUUUUCAACCCAGGCCGUUCUAUGAUUCUGCAAAGAGCUUUGCACGAUUCAAUGCGCAGGGCCUUAGUCUGCUGCAUCAAUCCUUUGAGAUUGAAAGAAAGCUUAUGUAUUUUGAUAAACAGCUAUAAAAGCACUAGGCUUUUCCAAGCCUGAACCCCAUUUGUUAAAUCACUUGGAUGUUGCUUAUAUGCACUUCAAUUCUUUUAUUCAAAAUCGUUUAGGAUAUGUUGUUUUAAAUGUCAUUCUUAAGUUGUUAUCAGAGAAUUCCUGUUCCCACAUGCUGAUGAGCUUGACUGCUUUUAAAGUCUGGGUUUAUUGCAGUAGUUUGUUUAUUCUUUGUCACUGAUUCUAGGCUGAGUAAGCUUAGUUUCUAUUUUUAUUUCAUCAAAACUUUGAAUUGAAGAGUCUAAAAUGCCUGGAAUGUAGUUAAAUCUGUCAAAGUUCUAGAAACAGAAACGGGAUUUUCUAACUCGCUGUAUGUGCUUUUGCAUACAUGACAGCCCAAACAAAAAUGCAGAACAAGGCAGUUGUUUCAACAGAUGUAAAUAUCUUUUCGAUGGAAGUGGUAGGACUUGAAAUUUUCUUCAGUUACAUACUUUGCUUUGAUCUAAAACAGUAUCGCUUCCUGAGAUUAAUGUCAUGUCAGUCUUAACUGCGUCAUCAUUGAGACUGAAAUAAACCUCUGAAGAUUACCUAGUCCAACCUGUCCAGCCCAAACCGGCUCAACUGAGAAGUCUGUCUCUAUUUUCUUCCCCUUUGCCCGUUUGACUAUUUGUACACUUUAUUAACCCUGAACCUUCUCUUCUCCUGACUGACCAAUCCCCACUCUUUUAGUCUUUCCUCAUACUGAAAUAUAUUUCAAAAUCAAAACUUCACAACAGAUUUUUUGCACAUAAGCACUUUUUCUUUUCUCUUCCAUUAUUGAUCUCUUAAACAUCAGAUACUUUUGAAAGAAUUGAAAGAUAAAUAAAACGUCAAAAUUUAUUUACAAAGGCUUCAGCGAAGUUUUGUGCUACAGGGAAGUAAUGCUAUGCCUUCAAAGUUCUGAAGUUUAAAUGGCUGUUCUUUCUCCCUCAUUUUAAAUAGUUGGAAUAGAGAAACUUCAUGUUCUCUCAACAGUGCUCAGCUGAAAAAUUUCACUGUCUAUUCCAGUAUUAGAGUAGCGUUCUUCAGCUGCUUAACAAUAUGAACUUUGUUGCUGAAAGAGAUGCUUAUUCUGAUGUACACGAUUUAAGUCAGAACAGUUACUGGAUUAUUAGAUCAUCUUCAGAAUACGAAGGUAAAAGAUUGAUUUUAAAAUGAAGCAACGUUGCCUCUAAGCAUUUAACUUUUAUGAUAACAUCAGAGAAUGAGCAAGGUUGACGUGCUAGCAUUACAACGACCUUUGCGGUAACAGGAAACUGGUUUACAAAGGUAUCAAAUGGUCUCAGAUAGGAUACCAUGCAUUGUAAUCCACCACAACUCUGUAGAACUCCAUUAAAGAGCCUGUUAAUUGAAUUAUUUCAUCUACAAAGCACAGUGCCCUUCACCUUGGUGACAUGUGGAUGAGGUACCAAAAGGUGAGUGUCCCUUGUUGAGGUUAUAGCUGUGACAAACCUCAAAAAUGCUCAGAGGGGAGGAACCCAGCAGAGCUUGCUUGAAUACAGAAAUCUUUGUGACCACUGACUAGUGCUAUGAAACCUGAAACUUCAUUGAGAUUAGUCAUAUGUCUGCUAAUUUCUAAACCCAGUGAGAGCAAUAUAGUAAGUAUUUCUAUGAAUGUUCUUGGAGGAACGUUAUGGGCAGGAUCUGAAGAUACAUUCAAGAUUUAAACUCAAACUUGAAACUUUGUUUUGUUUCUUUUUUUCUUACUCAUUACCUGCUUUCUAGGUUAACCUAGCCUGGAAUACUUACACUCCUGGUUUUAUUCUAGGAAUGUUAUUUUACGUAUUUAACUUUGGAAGUACUUAACUGUAGAAAACCAACAAAUUUGCAUGACUGUAAUAUUAUGUUCUGUAUGAAAAUGUUUUUAGUAACAAUACAGCAAAGCAGUUCCCUGAGUUCAGGGAGUGC